CUCCGUGCUCUGACAAUAUGACCAUUUCCAAUUUCUCAAUUCUCAUUGCUCAUUUAUAUCACUUCUCUGGGAAUUUGCAUCGAUCGUUUGAGCCGGUGACUAAACAUAGUUAAUGUGGUGGGUUGAGUGAGAAGGUGAAUCAAGUUAGUGAGAGUAGAAGAAGGAGCAAAAGAGUUUUCCUCUUGCUGGGUGAAAGAAAAGAAUGGGGCACAGUUCCAGGAAGAAGAAGCGUGGAGGAGGUAGUGGAAGGAGAAUUAAGGGAAGAACACCCCUGAAAGAUCACGUUUCUCAAUUUAGUGGGGAUGAUAAUGAACUAUCGGAAGAAAUAACAGCUCUAUGUGCAAUUUUCCAAGAAGACUGCAAUGUUCUUCCUGGAUCACCUCCUCAGAUAGUUAUUACGCUCAGACCGUAUUCAAAGGGCAUGGGCUAUGAGGAUGUAGAUGUUUCUGCUGUUCUUGUUGUUAGGUGCUUACCUGGCUAUCCUUUCAAGUGUCCAAAGUUGCAAAUUACUCCUGAGAAUGGUUUAUCAGAAAGUGACGCUGAUAAACUUAUGUCUCUCCUCCAUGAUCAGGCUAAUUUAAAUGCCAGGGAGGGAAGAGUAAUGAUCUUUAAUUUGGUAGAGGCUGCUCAAGAGUUUAUGUCCAGUAUUGAGCCUGCUGGCAAAUUAAAUGACUCUAAGAAUUUGCGCUCAACUAUGGAAAGCAAUGAAGAAUUGUUUCUCAAGGAUAUAGCAACUUCAAAUGGAAGUUCUUUUGUUUAUGGUUUCAUAGACCUCUUCAAUGGCUAUGGAGAAUCAUGGAAUUGGGGUUUUGGAAUGGAUGAAACUUGUGGUAAAAUUUCUCCAGUCCCAGCCUCAAAGUUAGAUGCCCAUGAGCAUGUUUAUGGGACUGAGGAAAAUAAAUCUGAUAUAACUUCAAAACCACCUAAAAUACAAGAAACAAAGGAAGGCCUGUUAGUUUCUCCAACUGCCAAAUUAGAUACCUCGGGGGAAAACAGUGAAGAAAGCAACAAGAGCAUGCCUUCAUCUAAUUCAAGUAGAUGUCAUGCAGUGGAUCUCAUAGGGAAUGGCAAUGAAAAUGAGAAAGAGCAAGAUUUUAUCCUUGAUGAGUAUACAUCAGAGGAUAAUGAAGAAGGUAUUUAUGCAACUGCGUUUUCAGAGCCUCAGUCUUCUGCAUUCAUGGCUCAUCAUCGAGAACUUCAAACAGAUGAAAGGGAUCUGAUGAUGGUCCACUUGCUUCGCCUUGUUUGUUCCUCAAAAAGUCCUUUGGCUAACUCUUUGCCGCAAAUAGCUUCAGAGCUGUACAAUUUAGGGAUCAUUUCUGAUUGGGCAAAGGAUAUGGCAUCUGAGCCACCUUCUUGUUUUAACAAAACUUUUGAUCAUGUUUUCCAGAAACACCUGGUAUCAUCUAAAAUAUCACAGUUUUGGAAACCUUCUGAUCUUGGAGGCCCAACUACGGUUCCCAUAAGUUCUCGAUAUUUGAAUGACUUUGAGGAGCUACGGCCUCUUGGUCAUGGUGGUUUUGGUCAUGUUGUGUUGUGCAGAAACAAACUUGACGGAAGGCAGUAUGCAGUAAAGAAAAUUCGCCUUAAUGACAAAAGCAUGCCAGUAAAUGACAGGAUUUUAAGGGAAGUAGCAACUCUUUCCCGUCUGCAACAUCAGCAUGUUGUUCGGUAUUACCAGGCAUGGUUUGAAACUGGUGUUGCUGAUUCUUAUGCUGAUGCUGGUUGGGGUUCAAGAACUCCACUGAGCUCCACCUUCAGCUUUAAAGCUACAAGGUCCCAAGAGACUCUCGGACAUGAGAAUCAGCUUGAAUCAACUUUCCUUUACAUUCAAAUGGAGUACUGUCCCAGAACCCUCCGCCAGGUAUUUGAGUCUUACACUCAUUUUGACAAAGAACUGGCAUGGCAUUUGUUUCGUCAAAUAGUAGAAGGCUUGGCGCACAUACAUGGACAGGGAAUAAUUCAUCGGGAUUUGACUCCAAGUAACAUAUUUUUUGAUGCACGGAAUGAUAUCAAAAUUGGUGAUUUUGGUCUUGCCAAGUUUUUGAAGUUGGAGCAGUUGGAUCAAGAUCUGGGAUAUCCAGGUGACACAAAUGGAGUUUCCUUUGAUGGCACUGGACAAAUUGGGACGUAUUUCUAUACAGCUCCUGAAAUUGAGCAAGGGUGGCCUAAGAUUGAUGAAAAGGCUGAUAUGUACAGCUUAGGGGUAGUUUUCUUUGAACUUUGGCAUCCGUUUGCAACAGCAAUGGAGAGACAUAUUGUAUUAUCUGAUCUGAAGCAGAAAGGAGAACUACCUUCUCCAUGGGUUGCUGAGUUUCCAGAACAGGAAGCCUUGCUCCGGCAGCUAAUGUCUCCAAGUCCAAGAGAUCGUCCUUCUGCCACAGAACUUUUACAGCAUGUGUUUCCUCCACGGAUGGAGUCUGAGUUAUUAGAUGAUAUCCUACAAACUAUGCAGACGUCUGAGGAUACAAGGAUAUAUGAUAAAAUUGUAAAUGCUAUCUUUGAUAAAGAGAUGUUAAAAGCAAAAGAAAACCUCCAAGGGGCUGGUAGAUUUGGGUCAGUUGGAGAUAAUAAUUCGUCCGUUCAAUACACAGAUUUAGAAACUGAGGUUCGUGAUUAUGUUGUAGAUGUCACAAGGGAAGCAUUUAGGCAGCAUUGUGCAAAGCGGCUGGAAAUAUUAACAAUGCGAUUAUUUGAUGAUUUUCCAGAGUAUAAUAGAAAUGCAGUUAAACUUUUGACCAAUGGAGGAGACAUGCUUGAUCUUUGUUACGAGCUACGUUUGCCUUUUGUAAACUGGAUUGUAUCUAAUCAGAAAUCUUCUUUCAAACGAUAUGAGAUAACAUGUGUCUACCGACGAGCAGUUGGACGUUCAUCACCAAACCGGUACCUUCAGGGUGAUUUUGACAUAAUUGGUGGUACAUCAGCAUUGACAGAGGCAGAGGUCAUAAAGGUGACCAGGGAUAUAGUCACUUGUAUUUUUCCUGCAGACGCAUGUGACGUUCAUCUAAAUCAUGGUGACCUAUUGGAUGCAAUUUGGUCAUGGAUCGGUGUUAAGGCUGAGCACAGACUUAAAGUGGCAGAGCUCCUUGCGAUGAUGGGUUCUCUGCGCCCACAAUCGUCAGUAAGAAAAUCAAAAUGGGCUGUAAUACGGAGGCAGCUUUUGCAGGAACUGAAUUUAGCAGAAGCUAUUGUAAAUAGGUUACAAACAGUCGGUUUAAGAUUCUGUGGAGCCGCUGAUCAGGCCCUUCCUAGACUAAGAGGAGCCCUUCCUCCUGAUAAACGCACAUGCAAGGCUCUUGAAGAAUUGUCUGAGCUCUGCCGUCUUUUGAGAGUUUGGAGGAUUGACAGCAAUGUUUUUAUAGAUGCUUUAAUGUCCCCAACCGAAAGUUAUUACAGAGAUUUCUUUUUCCAGGUAUACAUAACAAAGGGGAAUAAUCCUGGAUCACUCCCAGAAGGUACCUUGCUAGCUGUUGGUGGUUGCUAUGACUAUGUGCUUCAUCAGAUGUGGAGCCGUCAUUAUAAAGCAAAUCCUCCCAGUGGCGUAGGAGCCAGCCUUGCGCUAGAGACAAUAAUUCAGAACUGUCCGAUAGAUUUUAAGCCCAUUAAAAAUGAAGCCAGCACCAAUAUUCUUGUUUGUUCAAGAGGAGGUGGUGGUCUGCUAAUAGAGCGCAUGGAGCUAGUGGCUGAAUUAUGGGAGAAAGACUUUAAGGCUGAAUUUGUUCCCGUCCCUGAUCCGAGUCUCACAGAGCAGUAUGAGUACGCCAAUGAACAUGAUAUCAAAUGUCUUGCUAUCAUCACUGAUCAGACCGAUUCUGUAAAGGUUCGCCACCUUGAACUCAAGAAGGAGAAGCAAGUUGAGAGAGAAAAUCUAGUCAAGUUUCUAUCAAAUGCUAUGACAACACAAUUUCGAAACCCCUUUAUUUGGAGCUGACUUUCGUAGAAGACCAACUUUUUGGCCUGACGCAGCUUGCCUCCGUCAACGUAUGCUGGAUAUAUUCUUGAUUCAUUACUAGAUUAUAUAUACUAGAUUAUAGUAAUACUAGUUUAUAGUACAAAUUGUACUACAAAUUAUCUUAUAUUUAGAAGUGGAGGUGGUAUUUCAUUUAGUAGGUGAAAGUUAGAAUGAUUUGAAGAAAGGGGAAUCUUGGACUUGUUUAGGAUGAUUCUUUCGGCUGCUACAGUGUAAAUAUGUAAAAUAUAAUUAAUUCUUUUUUUAUAUGAUCCACGUUAAAAGGGUUUUUUGCCCCUUUAGUUACGAUA